AUGUCGGAACAACUUUUGCUGUUUGCCGCAUUUUGUGGCUAUUCUUCUUACUCCUCUAAUUUUUCUCCGAUUGCUGGUGAUGGCAGAGAACUUAUAGUACACGUACGGUACAACGAGGGUACUAGGAACCCUGGUGUUCGCACAAUGAGAUUACUAUGCGUUCUUCUCAUAGCAGCACAUUUUAGAAUAUCACUGUGCCAAGAUGAAAAUACAUCGGACAUUUUUGAUCGAUCACCGGAAGAUGUUGUCGGUGCAGGUGAUUUCAUUGGGCGAACAGAUGAAAUCAACGAAGGAUCAGAUUCAUUUGCGGUCAGUACGGCAAUGAUAGAACCGAUUAAUGAAGCCACUACUAUGCCUAUGCUCAAACAACAGGAGCACACAGUGGAACCGCUCGAACUCACCACUCGUUUUGACAAAAACCUAAACUCUUCUAUUCAAGUGCUCAACAUUCCUUCCAGUGCUGAUGGAACGCGACCGCUGCCGGAAGAGGCUAUGGCUGCCGAUCCGUUCAGUUUGGAUGAAGUGACGACUACGGUGAAAACUUCGGAGUCACCCAUGGUAACUCCUGUUGUUCCAAUAAUUCAUGAAGAGGCUUCAACCAUGCAUGAAGUUCCUCUAACACAUAGCAUUAUGAUGGAUACCAGAAUGAUGACAUCGAUGGAGCCAGCGACGACGACAAUGUCGGCUACGACUGAAUCUGCGCCUGCUGUCCCAACUCUGGAAGGCAGGGUUCUGAAAGAGAAAGAAGAAGAGCUGACCACUUCAAUUCGUGACCCUACAACUGACGUUCACAUGGGGACUGAAACAACUGAGACUGCGAGCGUAGAAACUACCGAAAAUCAAGAAAUAAUGGAAACUACCUCAGUGAGUUCGGCGACGGAAACAACACAAAAUGGAGGCGAGCCCGAAGAAGCGCACACACACAGAGCGGCAGUUGCCAUUGACGCGGAAGUUACCACUGACGCCUCGAACAGCGAGACCACAGCUUUCGACACUGUUGCUUCUUCAACGACGGAACCACCAACAACCACAACCACAUUUACGACCACUACCACCACAGCUUUGGAUGAAGAUGCGGCACCGUUCGACCAAGACAAACUCUCUGGCUUAUUCGAACAGGACGGUUCUUUCAUUCCUGAACAUCUCGCAAAUCCGACAUCGGAGCCAGUUUUCCCGAGAGUCGAGUUACCAGAAGAGAGCACCGAGAUCAUCAGUGAUUUGCGACCAAAACAAAACAAAUCAACGUCGGACCAAUCAUCCUUCAGUAUCGACUCGCAACCAACGAUGAUUCAAGUCAAUGACACAACUCCUGCUCCCACUAUUCCUGGACUACACCUCACUGACCAACUUCGGCCGAUCGUUAUACAACCUAUUGUCACAAAAACGACCAUCAACGAAGUAUUUCACAUCGCCCGACGACUGGGUUUGGAUUCUGACGACGAACACCGUUCAAUCCCUACUCAACAGUCAGGUGCUGAGGGUGCACCCAAGCACGAGGAUACUACGACAUCCACUACACAGGGAACGACUACGGAACACAUCGCAGUGACGACUGCUGAGCCACUGCCUGAAAUGACUCCCAUGGAAAUGGUGACGACUACGGUAUCACCAAUGGUAGAACCAAAAUUCGAAACCGAAGUUGCAAUACCAGCUGUACCUGAACCAUCUCCCGAACCUCAGCCGGAACCUCAACCUGAAUCUCCCCAUGAACCACACCCUGAAACUCAACCUCAACCUGAACCGGAGCAGCGAACCCCUGAACCAGAACCUGAACGACAACCUGAACCACAGCCUGUACCACAACCUGAACCACUCCCCGAACCGCGACCUGAACCACAGCCGGAACCUAAACCGGAGCCUCAACCAGAUGUUACACCCGAACAUGAACCAGUCCCAUCAGUUCCGGCACACCGUCCCGAAACUACCUCUGAACCUCAUCCAACGUCGGAACCUCAACCAACCCCCGAAGUUAUGCUUGCGCCAGAACCAUCGGAACCUCAUCUCGAACCAACCCCCGAGGCUAUGCCCGCACCGGAACCGAAACAUCAUCCCGAGCAAACUGAACCCGAUAACAUGCCACAGAAUCUUAAGAAGGCCUUCUUCACUAUGCGAAUCGUUUCCUUGGAAUACAUGGAAGACUUUGCGGACAAAUCAAGUGGAAAAUACAAGAAGCUCUGUGACCAAGUUAUUCCACAGAUUUCGGUUAUAUUGAAAACGAUAAUGGGCGACAACUUCGUGAAAUUCGACGUUGACUCGCUCAUGAAGGGUUCGGUUAUCGUCAACGGAGUCAUUUUCACGAUCGAUGAUAUUGCCGAUGCAGAAGACCUGGCUACCAAAAUCGAAACUGCUAUCAGCGCCAACGGAUCCAAUUUAGGCCAAAACGAAAUUGAUUCGAGGAGUAUUACUGUGAACGGCAUUCCCUCUCGAGCAUACAUUGAACGAGUUCACUCUUCUUAUCCUCAAAGCUCAUCUCCGUCACCUCUUCUCAUCGGCUCAAUUAUAGCUGUUGGUGUACUCGUUAUACUCAUAGUUGCCUUCAUAGUGAUCGCGAUAAAUAAUCGACGAACAAACGGAACGAUGAAAUUGAAGGACGACGAUUUGCCACGGAUGGAAACCGGGAAAGGAUCAUAUUCAAGCCCACAAACUGUUUCAGUGAACUUAAUGUCAUAUGGAAAUGGUACCACGACGACGCCGCCUAACCAAGGAGCAAUGAUGACGUCAUUGAGUGUGGGCCCGAACGAACGAGAAGUUUGCUAG